AUCCAAUAUGUGGCCAUACCCCCAUGCCCCCAACCCCGCCUUUCAUGAACCUUAGCAUCCCCAUCAAGAACCCUGCGUCUUUCAAAUUUUUUUUGCUUCGUUUUGCACAUGGCAAUGUAGGUUGUUGUAGCCUCGCAGGCGGCAAAGAUGCAUACGCCGAAUUCUUCUAUAGACGACUUUAUCUUGUCCCUCGACGACCAAGACUGCCUUGAAAACCUCGAUUCUGACAUUCAAGUUUAUGGGCAAUCGAAUGGUAAAUCACUUAUGCGGGACCGACCCCGACAGGUGUUCUGUGUUGUUCGAUACUUACAAUUCAACAGGCUUUAUAAUACCCGGCUCUGGUCUUUUCAGCGACUUGGACUAUGACCCUGCUGUUCUCGAACAACUCAACAACUUCAGCUACGACGAUAAUGCCUGUGACCUUGGAUAUCUAGACUCUUUACUUGCGACAGGAGGGGAAGUACAUGACGCCGUAGAGGCAACACAUGGUUCAUUAGAGGGGGAGCAUGUCUCCGUAAAGGAUGGCUCAAAAAACGGAGAACAUGGCCUAAGAGAGGUAGAACACGACUCUGAGGGAGAGCGACAACCAGAUGAGGAAGAGCGUGACACAGCACAAAAUCCCCUUCAGGUGGCUUGCGCAAACCAAACUACAGACCCCUCAGACUUUUUUUUCAAGAGCUUCCCACAUUCGCCUUGCAACUUGGACCCAAAGCCAACCACGAAAGGCUCCAUUUUGAACUCAAGGAAGCGGAAAGCAACUCAAGGGGAGCAUCACAGCUUGGGGUCGCCAAAACGAAUAACAACAUCUCCGCGGAACUUAGGCGAAUGUAACGACGAUGAUCAAAGAAAUGGCUCCGAAACUCAGAACAAUUAUACCCGUGCGAUGGUAUGUAGUCCGCCGGAUAAUGCCAUCGCCGUGGCCAGAAGAUUGGGUGUACAGUCCGCUGUGCCUCUAUAUCGGAAGUCUACAGAAAGUAAGCUAUCCCAUUGCCUUAUCAAGAAUCCUGCUAAAAUUGAACGUAGGGAACGCUGUGGCCAAAGACUUCAGUUCACUGCAAAUUAGCGGCCCUUUAUAUCUAACUCUUCUAGCUGCUGCUAAAAGCUACAUGUUGGACGAUAAACAUCCUGAACGCCGGGAAUUUGUCGGUCGCAAUGCGCGCACUACCGAUGUCUCUGGUAUGCUUUCAAGCUGCUGUGAAGAAUUUCUCGAGCAGGGUUGGGGGGAGAAGUGUUGGGGCAUAGGGGCGGAGGUUCAUGAAGGGUUUCUACAGUGGCCGCUGAACAGAAGAAUGUAAGCCUCAUUGUUUUCCUAUCACUCUUCAGUCAUUUCCGCGGUUUUCCUUUGUAUCAUCUGGUCAAGGUGCCUCUGUUCUUCCGAUUCGGAAUUUCUCACUGAUUUUUAUCAGUAUUGUCAAAUUAACCGUACCUCUACUACGACGGAUAGUCAGCAAUGAACGCCAGCGACUCUACGCUGCACAGAAACGUAAACGUGAUAGCACGUCUGGUAGCAGAGCCAAGCGCAGGAAAACGGCGGAUGGAAACCUCAACAUUUAUGAUUCCCCAAUGCCGGACUCGCCGCCUGAUUCGGUCACAUCAUCUAUUCCUAGUACACCGUACACUCCAAACACGCCACUGACCGCAAUGUCUGGCACGCUGCCUAAUUCGUACACAUCAUCGAUUCGCAAUACGCCGAACAUUUCGAAUACAUCAUUGACGCCAUCAUUUCAUGAAGGAAACCAAAAACGACAAUACGAUGAACUCCCAGAGCUUUCAGCCAUGUCUUUCCAGAUCCAGCACCCGCUUGCAGGGAAUGCGAACAUGGAGCAGUGUCAAUACAAUUACAGCCCCGAACGUAGUCCACCUACAUCAACUUCAGGUAGUACGAGCGAAGAAAGUGAAACGGGGUUAACUUCAUCUUCUACCUCGCAAAGAUAUUCUUCAGCGACAGAGGCAAUUAUAGGUUUGUCUACAGGAGCCACUGACUACAAGACCAACAUCAAGUUGCAUACCAAUUUCUUUUGGUGCGGCCAACAGGUCCGAUCAGAUGCGAAUCUCUCUAUCGCAAUUCCCACGGAAUUCUCACCUUUCGUUGAAAGGCUGCGAAGCCUGGUUCCGGAUCUUUUAAAGCUGAAGCGUAUCAGUAUCAUAGGUCCAGAAGGUUCAAUCCAAAUUGACAAUUCAGAGACCUUGGGUAAGAUCUUGAUGGAUAUUGAGGAUAGUGUCUGGAUGGAUGGGGAGGCCAAGGCCCUGGUUGAACUUGAAGAAAUAGAAGAAGGAACAUAUUACGGUGAGGAAAGGGAGGUAUGAGGGAGGUAUAACCAUGUCUGCAUACUUUGUGAAAUGCUGGGAUUUCGAUUUGGCGUUCUUGCACGCAUGAACUAAUUGCUAAAUCGAUACCCCCAGGCAGCUUGUCCGCAUUCCUGGACUUAGGGGAGUACCCUUUACCAAUGUUGGAUUUACCCUAUUACAGGGUUUCAGGUAAUAUAGUCAACAACAAACAGAGCGAGAGAGAAAGAAAGAAAGAAAACAUUAGUAUCAAAGUUUGCCUCUUCAUGUUGACUAUUUUUGGCCUAUAACUGCUAACUUUUACUAGGCUACUUCUAAAUUUAUCUAAUCAUGCCCACCCAAUCUGGCCUUUAUUGACCAAGCCACCUCGCGAGCUGAAUAUCCCCAUCUACCCCCCAAUAAUGACUGGAUCUGGAUUUGCCACGAUAUCAUUCCGCUGGAUAGAAGCAAUGCGCAAUGGAUGAUGAGGACACUGCUCAUUCAUACCACGUCAGGAGCUCACAGUUUUAAGUAAAUUGAAGGCAUGCUGCCAGUAACCACCAGUAAGCAAACAUUUCGUUAAUUCCCUCCUCUGUCAAAGUACAUUUUGUAGAAGAAUUGUGCCCUUUAUGUUAUGAACUAAUCUUGAUAUUUCCAACGCCUUCUUGAACUGAUAUCUUGCGUGAGUAUAUGGCCUAUGCGGUGGGGCUUGUGGAUUGGGUCAAGGAGAUGUGACAUGUCUUCUACUCAACCCCAGAGUGUAGACAUGGAUACUUGUAGUAUUUGGAUUUGGAUUUGGAUUUGGAUGUUGUAAGGACACUUGGGAAGGAAGUAGUAGGAUGAAAUAGUAAAUAGAUAGUGAUAAACUAGUAAUGAAUACUAGACUACACCAUGAC